AUGGCGCGGAAGCACGGCUGGCAGCUCCCAGCCCACACCCUGCAGAUCGUUGCAAUUACGGUGUUCUUCCUUCUGGUGGUUGCGUUUUAUGCUUUCUUUGCGCCGUUUUUGGGAAAGCAAGUCGUAGAGUAUAUUGCAAUUGGUGUUUAUACUCCUGUGGCACUUGCGGUUUUCAUCCUUUACAUUCGAUGCACAAGUAUAAACCCUGCGGAUCCUGGGAUCAUGUCAAAGUUUGAGGAUGGUCUUAUCAAUAUACCAACCAACGGCUCUGAAAUAGAAGGCAUGAAUUUGCCCCAGAAAGUAAGCAAUGCUACAGGAACAAACUCCCCAACGUCUACUUGCAGAAGUUCUCUAGAUGGGCAUUCUAAUCAAAGAGGUUCAUCCAUAGGGGAGGCAAACAUGAAUCUAGGACCACAACUGCCAAAGAAAAGAUCAAGCUGUUGGUUGCUAGGUGGGCUUCUGUGCGCUAUAUUUGUCAAGGAGGACUGCCGAAAAACUGAUGACUCGGAGCAACAAGCAAAUGGUGAAGAGGCUCUGUUUUGCACAUUAUGUAAUGCUGAGGUUCGCAAAUUCAGCAAACACUGCAGAAGUUGUGACAAGUGUGUGGAUGGAUUUGAUCAUCAUUGCCGGUGGCUAAAUAACUGUGUUGGGCGGAAGAAUUAUUUCACAUUCCUUGCUCUGAUGGCAAUCAGUCUUAUCUGGCUUGCAAUUGAAUUUGGAGCGGGAAUUGCUGUUAUUGUACUCUGUUUUGUCGAUAAGAAUGCAUCAAGAAAUAUCCAAGACAAGCUGGGGAAUGGCUUGACUCGUGCUCCGUUUGCUGUUAUUGUGGGCAUAUUUACCUUACUUUCAUUGGUGGCAUGCAUACCAUUAGGCGAACUUUUCUUCUUCCACAUAAUAUUGAUAAGAAAGGGGAUUACAACUUAUGAUUAUGUCGUUGCGAUGAGAGCUAUGAGUGAGGAAGCUCCAGAGGAUGAGGAAGGAGCAAAUAUCAUUUACUCCCCAUCAAAUUCAGCAACAACUGGGUUCAGUGUAGGAAGUUCACUUGGUCUUCACCACAAAGGUGCUUGGUGUACACCUCCAAGGAUAUUUAUCGAUCAGGAUGAAAUGAUCCCACAUUUGGAGCCUGGAAUGGUGCCUUCAACCGUGGACCCUGAUGCUGCUGGAUAUGCUGAAAGAGCAAACAAAGCUAAGAAGGCAGUCAAAAUCAGUGCUCGCAGCCUCGCAAAGCUUGAUAAGAAUGUGGUAAUGAAAGCUGCUGCAAAAGCUCGGGCAUCAUCCUCGGUUCUGCGACCAAUAGAUGCCCGUCGUGGUCAUGAAGCUGAUGUCAUCUUCAGCGGCAAUGCCAGUGUCAGGAGCAGCAUUAGUAUUGACUACAGUGGCACAAAGGAAUCAAACAGUGAGAUGAAACUUUCUCCACUUCAGAACUCAUACCCCCAAAUCCUUGCAAGCCAGGAUGAAUACGAUACCGGCACACCAACCGCAAGCAGUUUAAGCAGUCCAGUCCACAUCCACAAGCUUGCCUCUCACUCUCAGUUCAGUGCAGUGCCUCGCCCCGCACCUCCUGAAAGACCUGUGCCAGCGAUGGUGCGGCCACCUGUUCCCACCACACAAAUAACCAACACAGGGAAACCGCAGCCAGCUGUUUCCGCUACACAGAUAACGAACCCGAUGUUCCAAUCAGCCACAUCUUAUGUUUGA